ACCCGAAACAUUACUGAACCGUUUCAGCAACAAAAAGGCCACAAAUCCCUGGAAAUGGAGGCCAAUCUCCUCACCUUACCUUCUUCCAGACCCCCAACACCCACCCUCCCAUCCAAUUCCCACAAUGUUUCUCUAAAAUACCACUUCAGAAACCCCUUCCUCACCACGCACCACCACCACCACCACUGCCGCCGCCCAAAGUUCGCACCUUUAACAAUCCGCUCAGCCAUCAGCAGAACCAAGAAAGAAGAAACUGUUGAAUCAGUCAAACGACAGCUUCAAGGUUGCUAUCUCAUCGCUGGCAUUGGCUAUAAAGGCUUUACCGUGAAACAAUUUCAAGAACUUAGAAGGCAACUCCCAGAAUCCUCGAAACUUCUCGUUGCUAAAAACACUCUUGUUUAUAAAGCCAUUGAAGGGACUCAGUGGGAAGCACUGAAGCCAUGCAUGAAGGGAAUGAAUGCUUGGUUAUUUGUCCAUAGUGAAGAAAUCCCAGCUGCAAUAAAGCCUUACAGGGAGUUUCAGAGGGAGCAAAAGUUGGAAGGGAAUGAUUUUACUGGGGCUGUUUUUGAAGGGAAGUUGUAUGGGCCUGAGGAGUUUAAGGCCUUGGAAUCUUUACCAUCAAGAGCUGAAAUUUAUGCUAAGAUUCUGGGAUCGCUCAAGGGUCCUGCAUCUGCUGUUGUUGGAACUUUGCAGGCCCCUGCUAGGAAUUUGGUUAUGACGCUACAGGCUUAUGUGAAGAAGUUGGAGGAGGAGGGUGGUAGUUGAGGAGAAUAGUUGGUUGCUCUUCUUGUUUUGCUAUUGGCUGUAAUGCCUGCCCUGAAACUUGAAGCUCAGGUUCAUUUGGGGAUUGGUAUGUUUCAUCUCCAUUGCGGAGAUGGUGUAUGGGAACCACAAGAAAUUGAGAGUGGGUACUGGUAUUUUAUUCUCAGACAAGUACAUUUUCUCAAAGGAUUCUAGUAGCAUAACAAACUCUGUAACUUUCGCUUGGUACUCUUUGAGUAUUUGCGAAAGUGUCUAAACAAUCACCCCGAAGUGUCUAAAAAUGAGGGGGUGGUAAUACCUAAUACAAUACAGGAAUUAUCUGGGAUCUCAUAAUUUAGUAUCAACCCCAGAACAUGUACCAAACACGGGCAGUUGGACUCGUACCUCCAACUUUCUUGAAGAAAAUUGAUACCUGUAAUCACUUUCAUAUUUUAGUCUAAUCUUUUACUGAUUCUAA